GCUCGCGAGACGGCCAAAGGGCUCUCGCUCGUGCCCUUCUCUGGGUUCAUCCAGAGGCUGGCGCCGUACCUGUCGGUUUCGGACUACACAGGCCUCAGGGCUACGUGCAGCAGCGUUCAGGGGACCCUGCACACCAAGGCGCUGCUUUCGCACCUGGUGUACCUGAUGCAGCCUGAGAGGCCAGACGUGUUUGCUGCCACCGGCAAAUGGUGCAACUCAAACUGCAGCGAGCAGUUUUGGGAGAGUCUCGAGGAAGGCCCACGGCUACGGGCAGGCAAAGCAGGCCUUUGGAUCUUCUUCAGGGCCAUGACCAGGUGGCGGAAGCUGCAGCCUGCAGCAAUGGUGCCGGUGGCCAAGAGCAUGAGAUCGCAUUGCUUCCACGAGCAGCCAGACAUCGCAAAGAGCUCCCAGCGGAUUUUGGCUGUUUGUGCUGGAUGCCUUUUCGCGAUCCGCGGCCAGGGUGCCGGGGUGAAGGGAGUGCGACACCUCUUUGCCAGAGACAUUAUAUACUGGCUACAACACGGGGACGCCAACAUCCGCAUGGAAAUUUGCUGUGAACUCGCUAGGUGCGGCCCCGACUUACUCGGAAGGUUCAACAAGGCUUGUGCUCGAGGUCUCCUGGAUGCUUGCAAUCCCCCGAACGAUGCCGCUCUCCGCCGCAGUGCACGGAAAGCGCUCAAAGUUUUCGUGGAAAAUGACCAAGCGCUGCACCCAUUCGUGCGGCCACAGCUCAACCAGCUCAUUUGGCAUCCAUGGUUAAUCCAAGAUGGAGACGAGAGGUUUGAGCUCAUCCAAAUGGAAACCCACAUCGAUUUCAGCAACUUUCGCAAAUUUCUGUGGCAGGCUGUGGAAACGGGCCGAAUGUGCUUGGUGACAAGCAAUCGCCACAUCCUCAAGGCAUGA